AGGAGCGAUGCCUGGAGCGAGGCUGAGGAGGCAGCGGCGUUUGGCGGCGGAGCGAGGAGGCGCGGGCGUGAGGUUUCUGGAAGCUGCGGGGCGCUGCUCCUUCGGGCGGGGUGUCUCCGCGGCGGAUCCGUAGCCUGAAGAGACGGCGGACGAAGGAGGAGGAGGAGACGGCGGCGAAGGCGCCGGCAGCGGGAGCAUGAACCACAAGAGCAAGAAGCGCAUCCGCGAGGCGAAGCGGAGCGCCCGGCCGGAGCUCAAGGACUCCCUCGACUGGACCCGGCACAACUACUGCGAGAGCUUCCCGCUUAGCCCCGCAGCCUGCAAGGUGAAGCGGGCGCGGGGAGGUGAAAAGGGGCAGGAAAAUGGCGGGGCGGGGAGGGGGAGAAGGGCUGUGGGGCGCAGGGAGUCGGGGAGAGGCUCAAGGCCGGAUCCUGCGUGAAACCGGGCAAGGUUAGGCGGGUGCCAGUCCUACCUAGGGGCAAAGGGGCUUAACCCACAGCAGCCACCCCGUGAACGCGUGCCCGUUUUCCUUUUGAUUCAUCAUAAAACCACAUAGGGUGUGUGUGUGUGUGUGUGUGUGUGUGUGUGUGUACACACUGUAUAUAAUAUGUAUACAGGUAUGGGGAAAGCAGAAGUCUUGUGAUCCCUUGAAGACUAAGGUGUAUUGUGGUGUGAACUUUCCUGGACUGGAAGCCGCAAUCACCAGAGGCUGCUUGUAUGCACUUGCAUGCUUCACUUAACUCUGUGGCGCAAGCUGAUAGAUGUCAGCUCAGAAGCAAGCUACUGUGUUGUUCAGUGGGGUCUGCUGUUACAUAAAUGGGGAUAAGGCUUUAGUCUUGUCAGUGCAACUGUUGCUGCAGAUUUGGGGUUUUUCCCAUUGGCAUUUUAAAAAAAGUACUUUGCAAGAGCAUAAAUAGCUGCUCUUUCCAUAUUUCCUUCCAUUUUUGUCCUGCUUUCUCUGACUAUGGAACCUAAGGUGGCAUAUAAGUGGUUGCCAGGCGGUGUCAGACUGAACACCUCCAUAGCUUCAGCUAUGUGCCUUCAGAGCACACCCUGGGAACAGAAAGCUGUUUGGCACUGUCCUGCCAUCCAUGGUUCUUUAUUUUAUAUGGUACAAUGACCCAGAGAGAGUGAGCUUAUGAGUAUGCUGUGAAAAGUGGUAGAACACUUGUUGCUGGAGAUCGGGGAAAUAAAUCGGUUGUUAACUCAAGAACUUCCAUAUUCUCAAGAAACUGUACAAAUCUUGUCUCAAUAGUUUUGGAACAAGCGACACAAAGUAGAACUUGUUGUAUACAGCAUUCUAAAUUUGCCAGGUGCCAAGAGCAGUUGUGACCAAGUGAAGAUGCCCAGGUGCCAGGAUGGCACCUGACAUCUCUGCCAUCUGGAGGUGCAAGCCUGGGGAUCCUUGGAUCUUGACUGUCUUCACACACUAGCAACACAUCCAGUUGAAUUCUAUCCAUUAUAUUUAUCUGCACAUAUAGAAUGAAUUUUAAGAAUCAAAUGUCUUACUGAAAAAUACAACUUUUGAGUUGUCUGGCACAGAAAUGGCAGCUAGACAUUCUGUUUGGGCGACUGUAAUCCUGGUUUAAGGAGUUAUUUGCCGCCUAGUGUACAUAUCUGAGUUUCUAACACUGAAUAAGGGAAACAAUUUUCAAAGGCUCAUGGUGACAAGUUUCCUUAUGUAACAUAGAAUCCUGUGUCAUCUUUACAGUGGGCAGUUAUCAAGGAAACAUUAAUCUAAGGCUUCUGGUCUCAAUUUUUUUGUAUCUGUAACUCUACUCUCAGAGUGGAAAGCAACCAUUUAAAAUUCAAAUCAUAAGCACACCAAAAAUAGUCUGUUUCCAAUAAUAUUAUGGACCAUAAAAUUACUCUUAAUGUGCAAUCCUCUGCACAUUGAACUUGGUGGGACUUCUGAGCAAAUCUCCAUAUGAUCAGGCUUCAUGUGUUGCAGAUGUUUACAGAUCUGACUGUUUGACAUAACUUGGUUAUCUUGAAACUUUGGAAUCUUUAUGGUGUGACAUAAAUGUAGGGGCAGGGGGAAUUCUGUUGAUGUGUGUUGAAAUACAAAGUAAUAUCUUAUCUUAAUGCAUAGCAAUUUAGGCAUGAAGAGGAAUGGAAAUUUCCAUUCAAGUACUUCACUAUUUGUACAGAGAACUUUUAGCUGCAGCAAGAAUCUUGGGUGCCUUUGGAUUAAGUUGCAAUGUUUUCUCUAUCCCUCUGAUUUCACUCAUUGUUUCAUGGUGAUGAUUCAGGUAUACUUUUCAGCAAUUAGGAUAUUGUUAGUGCUGUGCUUCAUUUUAAUGAGGAAUAAGAAUAGAAUCAUUUAGAACUGCAUGUUUUCAGUGUAGAACAAAAUUUAUGUGUUUUGAAGCUUUCAUAUCUAAAGGGGGAUCUGUAAUUGUCAGUUUUAUUGCUAUAUUUUAAAUUCCUUUGUACACUGAGGCUGCCCUCCGGUAUUUGUUUAUCUGAGAGUAAGUCCUGCUGAAAUCAGUUUGAAUAGGCAUGUAUAUGGUUGCACUGUUAAAGUGUUGUAGAAAUUAUAUUAAAAUAAUUAUUACCAUACACAAUGUUUUUCCUUGAAGGUGCCAGUUAAGGUCUAGAAUCUCUUGUAUUUCAUUAAGCAUAUCAGAUUAUCUGGCCAUUUAAAAACAUAUUUUUAAAAGUGUAGAUCACAUAGUGCUAUUAUUCAGAUGCAUUCAGAAUAAAAUCCACUGCCUAUUGGUUGCCUGGAUGAGUCUAUCUCCUUGUAGAACUAAGGAAGAUUUUUUUGGGUGGCGGGAUUUUAAAGACUGCUUAAUGUAUAUUUCUUAUUGACUGGUUGAUUCAGUAUAAGGCUUGCUCUGCACUUGUUCUGUGGAACUUAACACGGUCACUAUUAUUCUGCAGUGUUAAAUGUGCAUUAUCCUGCAUUGAGAACACUUUAUCCAUCUUUCAGGACAAUGUGGAUAGAGCAGACGCACUCCAUUUGUCAGUGGAAGAAUUUAUUGAACGUUUUGAGAAGCCUUACAAGCCGGUUGUCCUCUUAAAUGCUCAGGCAGGAUGGCCAGCUCAAGAGAAAUGGACCCUGGAGCGUUUGAAACGCAAAUACAGGAACCAGAAAUUCAAGUGUGGGGAGGACAAUGAUGGGUACUCUGUCAAGAUGAAAAUGAAAUAUUACAUUGAAUACAUGGAGACCACGCGGGAUGACAGUCCCCUCUAUAUAUUUGACAGCAGCUAUGGAGAGCACCCGAAGCGUAGAAAACUCUUGGAGGAUUACAGGGUGCCUAAGUUUUUCACAGAUGACCUGUUCAAGUAUGCAGGCGAGAAGAGAAGGCCACCUUACAGGUAUAAACUGGUUAUUUGAUGCCUCGGGAUAGAAACAGCAAAGGGCAGUGAUUUUUAAACAGAUGCAGGGGUCCAACAUUUUCCAUUUUCCCUGCAUAUACAGCAUGGGUACGCCAGAGUUGUUUUUAUUUCAGAACUUUCACUAAAAGUUGACAAAAAACAUAAUAGGGAAGAGCUAAUGAGAAAUGGAGAGACGUAAAAGACCCAUAUUUUAUGGAAAUGACCUUGUACUUCCUAUGCCAAUGCCAGAUGUUCCUCCUCACUCCUACUGUCACCCUUUUGGUGUAUCAUUUACACAGUUUUGGCUUACAUUCUUUGCAGUGCAUUUUCCUAAGCUUAUAUACACUUUUCAUAGCUACAUCUCAGGGUAAUCAGGUUCCUUACUUUUUUGGGGGGUGGGGUUUCCACAGUUUCACACUCAUACCAUGUUAACAUAUUUCACUAACAAAAUUAUGGUACAGAUCAUUAGUUCCCAAGCAUUCCCCUCACAGAACUGUGCUAAGUGCUACAUGAUUUCCAAUUGAUUUUUUGUUGCUUCUUUUAUUUCUUUUACUGUAUUUUGCUAUAUUACAAUUUGCAUUACAUAGAAUUUCAAAUUGCAAUACAGUAGGAGAAAUAAAAUUAAAAUGCCCCAGUCUCUUACACCUUCCUUUUUCAAAAGGUAUUCUAACUUCUGUUCUUCAUUUGGGUAAACUUGCCUUCUGUAGGCUUUUUUUGACUAUUUACUAUUAUUAUUUAUUAGAUUUGUACACUUCCCUUUAUCCAUAGAUCUUGGGCAGUUCACAUUAUACUGGCAUAAUCAUAGAUUUUAAUUUAAUUUUUAUAUGCCAUCAACCUUUUAAUUGCCUUUGUAACAUUUCUAUGGAGACGUCUCCCCAGGUUCUGGGAUAACUCAGCCAGAUGGGUUGAAGAAGGGUUCAUCUUGGAUGGGAGGCGGAAUAAUGCAAUUUCUAGUUAAAUGAAUAGCAGGCUGGGAAAGGCCUCUGGAGAGCUUGGAGAAAGCUGCUGGUUAACCUAGGCAAUACUGAACUUGUAUAGAGCAGUGUAAUAUUUAUCGUUCUUUCAUCUCUUUGCUUUCAUCUCUCCUCAAAUACAAACAAAAGAUAAAGCAAACUUAUCUCAGACUGCUUUGGAAAUGGAAAGAAAACACUUGCUUUUGAGAAACACGUUAAGGAAAAUAGCAGAGUUGUUUGUAACCCUGCUGGGUUUUUCCCUCUGUGCAGAUGGUUUGUGAUGGGCCCACCUCGAUCAGGUACAGGCAUCCACAUUGACCCCUUGGGAACCAGUGCCUGGAAUUCCUUAGUCCAAGGAUACAAACGCUGGUGCCUCUUCCCUACCAGCACUCCCAGAGAGUUGAUCAAAGUGACUCGUGAGGAAGGAGGGAACCAACAAGAUGAAGCCAUCACUUGGUUCAGAGUAAUAUAUCCAAGGACUCAGCUUCCCACUUGGCCUUCUGAGUUCAAACCCUUGGAAAUUGUGCAAAAACCAGGAGAGACUGUCUUUGUACCAGGUAAGGGCUUUUAUUAAGUUUUGUGCUGAAGUGAAGUUAUAGAAGAUACAGUUCUGGUGCAGUAUCCAAGCCUGGACAGAUGCGAAACAAAGUGUCCAAAGAGUUCUUCAUAGAUUCUGUUAUGUUAGGCUGUGUGUGUUGAACAAGAAGGAUGCAUAGCAAAUGUGAUGGGAGGUAAUCCUGAAAUAAUGUAUACUUUAGCAAGGCAACCGAGAUGGAGAUGUGCUAAAGCUUUGAAGAUUAGGAAGUGGGAGGAAGCCCCUUGAAUAAUGUCCUUUCAGUUCCAAGGAGAUUAACUGGCACAAUAGGCGAGAUAGUUUGUCAGCUUUGAGACUUCCACGGUGAAAUGGAAGCAGAAAACGAAAGUGGACAAGUGGACUCCACUUGAUCUUGCUUCUUAAAAUUACUUUUUUGUUUCGUCUCUAACAAAAGGCCUAGCACCUCUUGUCACAUCUGUACAAACCUGCAUCUCUCCAGAAAAGGUAUAUGAAGCAGGGAAGUAAACACUCGGACCCUCAUUUCAAUUUGUUCCUUAGGGAAAUAAUUUCUCUCAUUCUGUCUCCAACUUUUAAUUUCAGAAACUCAAGUACAUGGGUAUUAUGGUCUCUGGCAGGUUGGGGCUGACCCAGUAGCAAAUACUGGUUCUGUGAUCUGUGGACCAGAUCAGGUUUUUGGCUUUUAAAUGCGCACUUCUAGGACGUGAGCCAGAUGUCAAAUAAUAACCAGACCAGAGUAGGCCUCUGUCUCUUGUGUUUGGAGGGUUUUUGGUCAGUUGUCUUUGUAGAACUGUUGAUUCCGUAUCAGAAAUAUAUCACUGUCUUCAGUUAACAUGAGUUGCCUUGUCAGUUUCCCUUAUAAACUGUUUUUGUCUUAGGUGCUUAUAACUUUCAUAAGAAAUGUGUAAAUGUAAUCAAUUGAUCAUGUCUUUAGUUGUAGCUUCAUAUGUGAGGGAAAUAAAUAUUCUCGUCAUAAAAAGUCAGCUUAAAAAUAGAUCUCUGGUAUUUGACACAGAGUUUCUGUGCAACAUAGAUUACAUAUUAAGUAUCCCACUAACAGUGGAGGAAACAGAAUUCCAUUCUUCUGUGACUCCUUUGUUCUUUUAAAACCAUACUGAAGCAAAAACAAAACAGUUUUGUUUAAAUACAAUAGUUUUGUUUAGUUGAAACAAUAAGAUCCCAAAUAAAAACCAAGCUGUUGUGCUUCUAUUUCAUUUAUCAUUUAAUGUUCAUUGCAUCUUCUGUCUUACUUGAUAUAUUGAUUGGAUGCUGUGGCUAACAGCCCAGCCUUCCACAGAUUUAUUUGGAAGCAAGUCUCACCAUGUUUGGUGGGACUUCCAAGUAAGUGAACACUCUAAAUCCUAUUGAACCCAGUGAGGCGUAUUUCCAGGUAAAUCUGCAAGGGACUGGACUGCAUCGCAUGUUCUCUCUGUGGAGAAUAUAUAGAGUAGGUCCAGAUCAGCCCUGACCAUCAGCCAUGCUGGCUGUGGCUGAUGAGAUUUGUAGUGUAAAAUAUUUGGAGGACACCAAGUUGGGGAAGGCUGUCCUAGAAGGAUGGCUCAUCAGGUGAACAGUCCCAGAGUAUAAGGAAACCCUUUUAUUUCAUCCACUGUUUGCUAAGCAGUCCCUUUUCCUCUUCUUAUGUAGUGUCAUGCUCUGCCGCUCUGAAUUUUCUUCAUCGAUGUCAAUCAGGGGUUGAUUUGGGGACAAAAAUACUCAUUUUCAUUCCCAUAUAUGGGUUUGCUUUAUUUAUAAAUUUAUACCCUGCCUUUCCUCCCAAAGUAGGUUGUUUUUUUCCUUUUUCAGUUUGUUUAUAAUGCAGUAGGAUACUGUUCUUCAUUAUUGUUUUUAUGGUUGUAAGCCUUUGGUCUACAUACUACUUCUCUGUCCUCCAUGUCAGGGAGGAAGAUUUUGACAUUGUUCAGUUUCACUUAUCUCAGCUUGUCCUGUUGUAAAGACCAGGGAUUGCAGCUUGUAACAAAGUUGGUUGUCGGUUUCAAAACAAGCCAGCUUCAAACCCUGGUUUCUGAAACUCGCUUUUUAAGCUAGUCAGGGUUUUAAGAACAUUUUCCUGUUCCAGUGAAAGUAAAAUGAAAUGCUGCUGAAGUCACCCUCUUGACUGUGGGGAGGAUGGGUUACGUUAGUCUGAGCCACACAACUCAUGCACAUCAUGCUGAACACUGCAUGGUUUAUCACAAUGUGUGAAUAUGACCACUUUCUAGGAACUGGGGUUGUUUAUAAAAGCAGGAAAAGUCUCAACUUGUUUUUGUUGUCUCUAAAGCCUGGCUUGAAGUGAUUUAGAAAAGACCCCAUCCCUGAGUUUCUUGCACAUUACAGAGUACUUGGGGAGUAGCUUUUGCAGAGGGCCUUGCUAACCUCUCACUGCUUUUUUAGAAAGGUGAAAAAUUUCUCCCCUUUCCUCACACUUUUAAGGCAGAGGUGACUGCCACUUUUCACCAAAUUUGUAAACCUUUGUGUUUAUCCCAAGACAUUAUUGGAAUGAGUAUUGUACAGGAGACAUGGGUUUCAAAGAAGCUUCUUAUACACCUGUUUCCAAACAUGCUCUUCCAUAUUUUCAAGCCUACGUUUAAAAAUAGCGUAGUUAAUGUGCUUCCUUCAGUUGGUUGUUUAUAACCUUAUGUGGUGUUGCAUUUGUAGGUGGCUGGUGGCAUGUAGUUCUCAAUCUUGACACAACUAUUGCUGUCACUCAGAACUUUGCCAGCUGUACAAAUUUCCCUGUGGUGUGGCACAAGACAGUAAGGGGAAGACCAAAAUUAUCAAGAAAAUGGUACAGGUGAGAGAUGUGAUCAUUACUUCUGUGGUUUCCCAGAUGCUGGCGGUACAAGCUAAAUAUUGCUUCCUGCGUACGCCUGGAAUGAUGCUUGACAGAAUAUCUGAAAGACAGAAGUGAUGAAGGUGUACUUGUUUUUGCAUUUUGGAAAAAGAUUGUGGCUUUCUAAUAGCAACAUCUUGCAUGUAGUCCAGAAGGAGAAUUAGGCUUCUGGAUUUCAAGAUUCAAUAAGGUGACUCAACUUAAACAUAUAGUUUAAGACAGGGAAUGCAUUUGAACACUUUGUUUAAACUUACAAUUACCAGCUAUCAAAUAAAAAUGCUAGUUCAGUAGUUGAAAUGUAUUAUCAUGGUGAAAAAGGAGCAUCAGUUAAAGUUAUUCUCACUCUGUUGUGGGUACUCAUUUCUCAGAUUACAUAUGUGAGUAGUCUGAUCUGGCUUCCCAUUGAACUGAUGAAAAGGAAAGGCCCAUCUAGUCCAACAUCCUGUUUCUCAUUUUCGCCUUUCAGAUUCCUUUUGAGACGCUUACAAGCAGGACAUAUGGGCAAUAGCCCUCUCCUGUUGUUUCCAGCAACUGGUAUUUUUGGUGGCAAGCUCAAAGUUGCAAUGGUUACACUGAUGGGAACAGGCCUGCUUGAACUGUUGAGUGAAUUUGGAUCACAUUUAAGCAGCAUAUUGGGAAUUGAGAACAUCUGUAUCCCAUUUCUUAUUUUACCUAGAUACUGUACAUGAGAACCCCAGUCAAUAUUGUUAAAUUACUUUUAAUAAACGCUCCAAGUUGCAUGUAAACACAGACUCCAGAAUUGUAGCUGAUGCAUUUGGCUAGUGAAAUAGUCUGCUGUGUCAUACGGGCUGAAGAUGCAAAAUGUACAAUAAUGUUGCCAUCUGCGUGUAUAUCCAUUAGUUUGUUUGCCAACAAAUAUUUCUUGAAAAUUUGUCUUCAAGGGUCCUAAAACAGGAACAUCCUGAGCUGGCUGCACUAGCAGAUUCUGUUGACUUACAGGAAUCAACAGGCAUUGCUUCUGAUAGUUCUAGUGAUUCGUCCAGCUCUUCAAGUUCCAGUUCUUCAGACUCUGAUUCAGAGGUAAGUUACUACAUCAGACAUGCCACAUGUUGUAAGUCAUAGGUGGGGUUGUAUGACAACAGUUCUGGAGUGGGGGGUGUUGACUUUCAGGUGGUGUCCUUUAGCAAAAAUGAUUGCAUCACUAGUGCUGGUCCCAUAUAUAAAUGGUUUCUAUAUUCCCCAACCCCUGCAGAUGAUCUAAAAGGUUUUGAUGGUCGGUAAUAUCAACAAGUGAAUCUUCACAAAAGGUGGCAGUGUGGGAUGUUCCUAUUCAGGGUCAACCAUCAUGUUUUUCAUUUCCCCCCUCCAUUCAAGCAACAUUCUGUGGGGAGUGAGCACACUCAGUCACCAUUGAGCUAUGCUUGUUUUUCCUUCUUCUAAUUUUGUACAUGUGAUAUGCCACUGUAAGAUGUAGGGAAUUGAAAAAGUCAGUCUCCAGGCACAGUCCACCAAGGAAUACUGAAGUGGCUUAAUUUCCAAAUCUUGGGCCAAAGCCCAACUGAUAUGGGUCCACCUCCAGGAAUGCCUAGAUUCUAGAAGUGUAGCCAUUAUGUUCAAAAAUGGGACUUAAUUGCAUUCUACCCCAUCUUUGGACAUCUAAAUAGGAAUAUAAUAGCCUCUUAACAGCUCACCUUCUAGGAGCCUCGUAAUCACUUCAGAUGUCACCAUGAAAUAAUGCUGUUCCUCAGACAAUGUAGACAUUAUUACUAAUCAGUGAUCAGAAUUGCUAUUUUGAUAGUCAGGAUUUAUUACUGUCAUUUCUUGUUUAGUGUGAUUCUAGCUCUGAGACGGAAGGAAUGAUGCAUAGAAGGAAAAAGCGAAGGACAUGCAGCAUGAUGGGGAAUGGCGAUACAAGCUCCCACGAUGACUGCGUGAGCAAAGAGCGCAGCUCCUCCAGGUGACCAAACAAAUUAUGGAAACUCAUCAGAUUUGUGGGGCUGGGGUGCUAAUUGCGGACAAGGAGAGUAUAAGGGAGUUGUCCAUAAAGGGGGGCAGCUUCACCAUGUGCUUGUAACCCACCUUACCCCACACAUCUCCUUUCUCAUUUCUAAUGCUCUAAACUGGGACUUCUAUUUAUCAAAAGUACCUAGAUUUCUUCACUUUUGAUUCAUUUUGAUUGCUUGUCCAACUCACAACUCCUUAACUUGAAAAUGGUAAUGUUGUUGAGGUAUAAAAAUUCUAUUUCUAGGAGAGAGAAUCAGAUUCCAUGCUUAUAGGGGUGUUAAGUGCUAGAGCUGGCAACUGAGGAAUGAGACUUGAAUAGCUAAUCAUAUCUUGGAAGAUACUUAUCAGGUUUUUUGUAGUUUUUUUGUAUCUCUGGUCUUGUAGAUGUUGAUGUUCAAAUAGUAGGUCAGAGCUUAUGCCUGGUAAGCUUCCAAUGGUGGGUGGUAGGUAACAAAGGAAAAGAAAUGGUGUCUCUUGUACCACUGGGUCAUUCUUCAGAGGCAGCAGGUGGAUUCUGACCAUACUAUCUAUUGGUGGAUCCUGUUGAUAUAAAGCUUAGGAGUUUCUGCUUUUAAGACAAAAAAGUGGAUCUCUGAAAAGCUGUUGUCCUGCUCUUGGUAAGGCUUGUGGCUGAGGUAAACAUUUAAAGAUGGCAUCUCAUCUCUCUUGCUUGUGUGGUCUGAAGGCUAGCAGGAUGGGAAUUGUUGGGUAAUUAAAGACUCUUUCCCAGCUAUUUAUGUCAGUACUUUUCUCAGAUAUUCAUAUAAUUGGCUAGCCACUUCUGAUUCCGCUGCAGUAAAUGUAUUGAAGAACUGGAGCUACUUCCAAGAAGCUUGAGGUGCAUUAGAUUCUCUAUGAAAAGUUUUUUUUACUGCCAUCUUGCAUAAGCUAAAAGAUGCAUGCCCUGACAUGACAGGAAGUUGUGUUUUUAUUUUUGUUGUUAUUUUUGACAGGAUUAGGGAAUCUUGUGGAAGCCGUGCUCAUCCCUGAAAGAUAACAAGACCCAUCUAAAGGCAGUUGCAGCCAGCCAGCAGUCUUCUAUUCUUCCUGUCAGCUGUAUGCUUGGAACUUUCUCAAGUCUUCACCACUCCUUUUUAUUAUUUUUUUAAAUCCAAACUUCUACUUGCCAUUACCUGCUGACUUCUUGCUUACUAAAGGAGAAAACUAGAGAUUUCUAUGUUCUCAAAACUUUCUGCACUCCAUCAAACAAGCUUUCUUAUACAUCAGAAGACAAUGCCGCCCUCUGCAAGGCUGUGCUGUGACUCACAACUCUGUGCAGUCGGCAAAAGAAAAUGGGGAAUAUCUAUUCAAAACGUAAUCUUAAAAAUAAGCAGGUAGCUCCUGAAAGCCUGUGUCAAGUUCCAACAUUGUCAUAUGUUUACAAGUUGAGUUCUCGUGCACUACAACUGGAGGUCAGAACUAUAACCUCUGCUGCAUGUAACUAGUCAGCAGAUCCUUUAACUAGAGCACAAAAAGAGACACUGUGUUAGCUAUAUCCAACUAAGUACCCUUCUGUUAUGUAAAAAAUGAUCACCCUGUAAGAAGCACCUUUUUGUAAUUCUUAAUUUGUUGAGGACACCAAACCAACCAUGGACUAAUAAGAUUCGUGAGAUAUGUAAUGUCUGAACCAGCAGUCCAUUUCCACAAUUACAUAUACUUUCUAUUUUAAAGAAAAGCUGCUGGAUUUUGCAGUAAGUUUGUAAGUUUGCCCCAGAAAAAGUAGGUAUGGAAGAAGCUGUAGUUGCCUCUUUUACCUCUCCCUGUGGGAGCUUCUGGAAACAUUAUAUGAAGGUAAAGCUUUUUUAUAUGGAGUGUAUGGAGUCUGAAAAAAUACAAUAAAAAACCCAUUUUAUGAAGAACUGCUUCUCUGCAGCCCAGAAACUUCCUACUCGUAUCUGCUGUUGUAAUAUGGCAGGUAUUUUUACGUGUGUGUGUUUUGUCUUGAAAUAAGAUGUGGUUGUGUGUAUCUUAAGGUAGCUGUAUUCUUUCAGGAUAUGUUGCUGCUUCAAGGUUUUUUGUUUUGUUAAUGGAGAUGGGUGUUAUGUGUUAAGAUGGGUCUUGUACCUCCAUACACAACAGUCUCUACCCUGAAGGUCUGCAAUAUAGUGAAAAGGUCUGAUGCCCCAAUAACACUUAAAAGCAAGUUUAAUGAUUAAUUGGGUAUGCUUCCCAAUUCCCUUCUUGUUUUUCUACUUACCCCAUUACCAGCAACCUAGAGAGAAUUCACAUCUACUGGCUGAUGCAUUGUGAAAGUACUAAUUAUUCAUUUCCAAAAUACUACCAUCUCACUCAGGCAGGGAUUCACAUAUCACUUGCCAGCCUUAACUCCAUACUUGCACAAAACUAUCAUUUUUUGUGAAUGCCAACAGUAUGUGUUAAAAGGAUGGCUGCCUUCUGUAUCCCAUAACUGUUUUCUCCCAGGCUCUUUUUCCUUAAAACACUUGGGUUAAACUAGCAGACUUGUACCUGAUGCUGCUCAGCCACUGCAGUUAAAAUCAGUAUCGUUAGGAAGGUUCAGUCUACUAUCUUGAUUCAAAAUUGCAUCCAAACAUUGAGGAGAACCGGAUGUCUGAACUCAGGAACCAUCAUGCAAAGUUUGGUUACAAUAUCUUAAGAAGGAUCCAAAUGCAUAGCGAACGCACAAACACCUUUCCAAAAUUUAUAGCAGAUGAAAGUAACCAGGUGAAUUUACCUUGCAUACCCCUGGAUUUUACAACUUCCUGGGAAGCUGUAUCUGUAUAACUUUAUGUUCCAAUUUUUUGUGGCCUGGUACCCAAGAACUCGUAACUCAGGAGGCAGAUGAACAGCAACAGGAAAGGAAUUAGGACUAGUAUAGAUAUCUUAACAUUGACCAGAACAUUUGAAGCAGCCUGAGUCAGCCCAAUAUUUACUCACUGGCAGCAGCAUUUUCAAUAUCUUGGGCAAAGGUCUUUUCUAGCCUUGCUUCCUGCCAUUACGUUGUUUGACAACCGUGGAUUGCACCAAUAACCUUCGGCAUGCCAAUCAGAAUUUGGCAAAAUCUGCCCGUGCUGUUAAAGUAUUCCUUGCAACCAUGAGGUUUAGAAUAUUGAAAGUGUAUUUGUUUUGCUUUCUGUGUUUAAAAAAGGAGACUUGUGUAAUACAUUCUGUGUGGCCUUUAUGCACUAGGUUUGCAGGGAAUGUCAUCUUUACCUAGAAGUCUUAAUUCCUGUUUGUCAUACCGGGAUGCAGAUACAUUUGUUCAGCCAUGUACAUUUAUUUAAACUAGGAUUACAAACCUUCACUGAGUUGAUUAGUAAAAUUCAUCUGGAAGUUGGGGGCUAAGUAUGCUUGGUGGGUGAGGCUGAAGAGCCCUGCCAUUUGGGUACAAUAUGCUAACUUUCUCUGUCUUGUAUCAAAUAUGCCAUUAAAACACAAACUUGGGUGGCUUUUUUCUUUGUAUCAAAAACUGAUGGAUAUUUGGCAUUUCAGGGUUAAGCCAAUAAUAUUUUUUUAGGAAUAGUCACCAUAGGCUACUGAACAUGUCAGUGUUCAGCUACAAUCACUGUCCUUUUCAAAUGUAUAUCUUCCACAAGUGGGAUGUGUUCAUUUAUAGAUGCUAUUUGCCUCUGUUACUGUACUAGGGAAUAUUUUUAUUCCAGAUCUCCCAAACUGAUGAAAAAAACCCACAUUAAACUUGGGCUUUCUUUCUUUAAAAAAGUUGUAGAUUUUAUUUAUAGGAAUGUACAUCUUGCAUCUGAGUAGCUGGCUAGCUCCUUUCAGUUGCGCUCUUUCAGUGUUGUCAUUUUCAUUGUUUUGCCAGAUGCCAACUAUAUUCCUGUUCUGCGGAGUUGAAGCCAGGCAGCUGUCAUGCUGGAGGAAAGUAAAUUGGUUUUGUUAAGUACCAAUCAUUCAGAUAGCCGUGGGUUGGGAAUAAGGAUCCUGAAUUCUUUACUUGCCCAGAGUUGCAAGCAGAAGUAAAUAACUCCAAGCUUCUGGUUUACUGAUUCCUUUGUGAUGGGGUGACAAGAGUGUGAAAACUGCAAUAUUGCUUCUAAAUAAUCCUUGCAGAGAAAAUUUACAGCUGAUCGUUGUUUAAAUCACAACUCUUAUUUUAAAGAUACUGCUUUUCACAAACUUUCCCCCCUUAAUGUGCCUCAUUGAAAACCAAUGCAGUGUUUAUAUUAUGCCAGCUGCAGUUAGACCUGAAGUUGCUGCCUCAAAGUCCAAUGGCUAAUACUUGCCUUUUUUUAUAACUAUGAUACCUAGAAACUUAUAUAAUGAGAUUAUAACGAUUCUAGCCAGGAUCAUUAUUAAACACUAAUUAAGCAACAGGGGCUUUACAAAUCAAUAUAUCUCUAGCUCCGACUUUAUUUUCAGGUCCUUAAUGCUGUACUGUUAUUAGAGCAUCUGCUUUUGUUAAUGGAGGCACUUUAUGCAUUUUAAAAGGAUGCAUGUUUUACAGUUACCCAUCCGAUGAAAAAUUUCACUGAGAGCUUGUGAUUGCAUCAAAGAAAGUCCUGGGUUUAUUAGCUCUUCUUGCAUAUUUCAGUUAAACUGGAUCAACCUUUUUUCUGAACAGCUUUCAGCAACAGCCAUUUCUUACUUGGGGAACUGUGCUAAAACCUUUUAUUUCUCGAAUUCCUAAUGACUCUGUCAUUGUGUUGAGGAUACCUGAGAGACCCUUAGACUAGAGCUCCAUUCUUCCCUUUUGUGAGGGGCGAAGUCUCUGGACUGUUUCAGCAACAUUUAAAGUGCCACCUCCGCUAACAACUCGUUAAGUCUAAUCAUUUAAUGGAACCAGGGUGGGAGUGCUCUGAAUUGUUCUCUGAAUGAUUUUCGUUUUUAAAUUUUUAAAAAUAAAGCCUUAUUUUCCAUUA